GCAAUUAGCCUGAUUUUUGUUUCCAAUCAGAGGAUUUCCCCCUGCGCCGGCCGCAUAUAAACCCACGAUCGCUCGACGCCCAUCGCAAUCCACCCAUCAUCUCCUUCCUCGACGACGACGGCGCGCAGGGCAAUGGCCAUCUCCUCAUCCACCACCGUGGGCGGCGCAGCCGCGGCGCCGCGCCGGCGCACCAGGUCGACGUCUACGGUGCUCCUGAUGGCGAACUACGCGGCGCUGCUGGUAGGCUCGGUGGCGUCGAGCCUGCUCUCCCGGUUCUACUUCGAGCACGGUGGGCAGAACAAGUGGGUGGUGACGCUAGUGCAGUCGGCGGGGUUCCCGACGCUGGUGGCCGCCGUCUUCCUCGCCGGCCGCCCCGCCGCCGCGCCCCGCCCGUUUCUGUGGUUCUCGCGGCGGUUCCUGUCCGUGUGCCUCAUCAUCGGCGCGCUCAUGGGCGUCAACAACUUGCUCUUCUCCUACAGCUCCUCGCUGCUCCCCGUGUCCACCUCGUCGCUGCUGCUCUCCACGCAGCUCGCCUUCACGCUCGUCCUCGCCGUCGCCAUCGUACGCCACCCGAUCACCUUCGUCAACCUCAACGCCGUCGUGCUCAUGACGCUCUGCUCGGUGCUCCUCGGGCUCCGCUCCGGCGACACCGGCGAGAGCCCGGACAGGAAGGGAUACAUCCUCGGCUUCGUCGUCACGCUCUCCGCGGCGGGGCUCUUCUCCGCGUACCUGCCCGUCAUGGAGCUCCUGUACCGGGAGGCGGUCUCCGGCGGGUUCAUCCUGGCGGUGGAAGUGCAGGCGGUGAUGCAGGCCAUGGCGUCCGUCGUGGCAGCGGUCGGGCUCGUGGCCUCGGGCGGCAUGCGCGACGAGGUGGCGCGCUGGAAGGGGUCCCACGCAGUGUACUGGCUCGUGGUGGCGACACUGCUGGUGACGUGGCAGGCAUGCUUCAUGGGCACCGCAGGCGUGAUCUACCUCACGUCGUCGCUCCACAGCGGCGUCUGCAUGGCGGCGGUGCUCACGAUCAACGUGAUCGGCGGCGUCGUGGUGUUCGGCGACCCCUUCGGCGCCGAGAAGGCCAUCGCCACCGUGCUCUGCAUCUGGGGCCUCUCCUCGUACCUCUACGGCGAGUACACCAAGAGCAAGAAGAAGGCCGCCGACGAUGAUGAUCAGGACAAAGACGACGAUGCCCUCGCCGGGGACAAUGACGACGCGCUCAAGAGCCUCACCGCCGGCGGAGACGAGGCCACCGAAACCGUUUGAGGCAGCGCCGGCCGGCCACAGGGGGUAAGUGUACGAACCAUGUGAGAAAAGAGUACGUUGCAACAAUUGCAAUGGAAACUGAAAUUUUCUUUGGUAGUACCCCGGAAAGCAAUGUGGCAGGAUCGAUGAUGCGCUAGCUUGUUGUAGACGUGUCAUGUUACAUCGAUUAGGCAAAGAGUUAUUUACAGCUUACAAAGAGACAAGAAUGGCGUGGGUGAUGAUGAUCGAUGCUUGUUUGGUGGCUACUAUCCUUGGCUAGGUUUGCUGUGAGGUUCUCUUCAGGGUUUAGCAUGGAUGCAUGCAUAUGUAGGUGUGUGAAACAACUUUCACAGUGUAAAUCUGCUGUACUUUCACCUGGGUUAGUUACCACCAUGAACAUGGUGUUGUCAUGUCUAUCUAUGCUUCA